AUGAAGCUCGUGAGAAUUUUGAUGAAAUUGAGUCACGUAACUGUAACCACUGAAUUAAAGAAUGGAACACAGGUCCAUGGAACAAUCACAGACAGGUUACCUCUAGAUACACUUGUCAUGGAUGUUGAACCAAAGGUGAAAUCUAAGAAAAGGGAAGCUGUUACAGGAAGAGGCCAAGGAUGAGGAAGAGGACGUGGCUGAGGCAGAGGAAGAGGGAGUCCUAGGCGAUAA